AUGAACUCCUACACUGUUCUCCUUCUCUGCAUCGCGGCCUGUUUGGUUCAGAAUGCAUACAGCCAAUGCUUGAACUCUAUCUAUGGUGCCGGUCUCGGCUAUAGAGGAGCAUAUGGCUUGGAGGCUGGACUUGCAGGUGCUUAUGGUUUAGAGGCUGGACUUUCAGGUGCUUAUGGUUUGGAGGCUGGACUUGCAGGUCCUUACGGUCUGGAUGCAGGUCUGGCUCCAUCUGCUUUCGGUUACCCAGCUGCUGGAUUAGCUGGUGCUUAUGGUGGUGCUGGUAUUGGUGAUGUCGCCGUCGCUGGUGAAAUGCCAGUCGCUGGUACAACCCUCGUCGCUGGACAGGUGCCAAUUCUUGGUGCCGUUCGUUUCGGUGGUGCCCUCCCAGCCGCUGGUACCGUCUCUAUUACCGGCAGCAGUGGUUGCGGAUGCUACAUAUAAUUGCCUGGUCAUAAAC